CGAAAAUAAUAAGGCAUGAUUGAGGCGAGGCGCUGUCCACACCCAGCAGCCCCCAACUCACACACCUACGCAUAUAUAUACACCAAUAUAUACAGACCAAUUUACCGGAAAAAAAAAAUACAUACAAACGGAGCUGUGGAAAUGGGUACCACUUCUCAGGCGUAUUUAGAGAGCAGCAGAGUCAGAGAAACUAAGGCCUUGAUCGCAGAGCUCUGCCGCCAUUUCUACAAUCUCGGUUGGGUAUCUGGCACUGGUGGCAGCAUCACCAUUAAAGUUCAUGAUGAUUCUGUUCCCAAACCCGAACAGCUUGUUGUCAUGUCCCCCUCAGGCGUGCAGAAGGAAAGGAUGAUGGAGGAUGAUAUGUAUGUGUUGUCUCCCAGUGGGUCUGUGUUGUAUGAGCCGUUGGCUAAGCCGUGGCCGUAUAAGCCUCCUAAAUGUUCUGAUUGUGGCCCCCUGUUCAUGAAGGCAUAUGAAAUGCGUAAUGCUGGUGCCGUUAUCCACAGUCAUGGAAUGGAAUCUUGUCUUGUUACAAUGCUCAAUCCUUCAGCAAAAGAAUUUCGGAUCACCCAUAUGGAAAUGAUCAAAGGAAUUCAAGGUCAUGGUUACUAUGAUGACCUUGUUGUCCCAAUCAUAGAGAAUACUGCCCAUGAAAGAGAGCUCACUGAUUCUCUUGCUGAAGCAAUCAAAGCUUACCCUAAAACCACUGCUGUGCUUGUCCGGAAUCAUGGAAUAUACAUAUGGGGUGAUUCAUGGAUCAGUGCAAAAACACAGGCUGAAUGCUACCAUUAUCUUUUCGAUGCUGCCAUUAAACUUCAUCAGUUAGGAUUGGACUGGUCAACACCAUCUCAUGGUCCCAUUCAAAUUCCAAAUGGGGUUCCAGGCAACCAUCAUUACACUAAAAACUCUGCAAAAUCGGGGACUUUAAGUAAUGGCAUUGAACCAUCAAGACGCUGCAUUGUACUGGACAUUGAAGGAACUACUACUCCCAUAUCAUUUGUUUCGGAUGUUCUCUUUCCAUAUGCUCGUGAUAGUGUGGGGAAGCAUUUGGAACUGACAUAUGAUACAGCAGAGACUCAAGAUGAUGUUAAGUUGCUAAGAGCGCAAGUACAAGAAGAUCUGGAAAAUGGUGUUGUUGGGGCAGUUCCCAUCCCCUCAAAUGGAGAGAAACAGGACAUAAUUGCAGCUUUGGUUGCUAAUGUUGAGGCCAUGAUUAAAGCUGACAGGAAAAUUACUUCCUUGAAACAAUUGCAGGGUCAUAUAUGGCGAACUGGGUUCCAGAGGAAAGAGUUAGAGGGAGUGGUAUUUGAUGAUGUACCUGCUGCUCUGGAGAGGUGGCAUGCUCUCGGAGUUAAGGUUAUUCUCAGUUUCAACUUCGGAAGCAGAUUGGCACAGAGGCUCUUGUUCGGCAAUACAAAUUACGGGGACUUAAGGAAAUAUUUGUCAGGGUUUUUUGAUACUACCGUCGGGAACAAAAAAGAAAUGAAAAGCUACAUUGAGAUCACGGAGUCUCUGGGAGUAGACAACCCAUCCGAAAUUUUAUUUGUCACCGAUAUCUAUCAAGAAGCUACAGCAGCAAAAGCAGCAGGUCUACAAGUGAUAAUAUCCAUUCGCCCCGGGAACGGACCACUUCCUGAGAAUCAUGGCUUCCGGACAACUAAGUCAUUUCUGGAAAUUUAAUACCCCAAUGUAGUCCCGUGUAAACAGUUGGAGAACAAUAAUCAACAUGUAUUUGUUGAGGCAAACUUUUGUCCCACUCUAGUGCAUGGAUGAAUUUUAAAUAACUUUUCUUCUGUUGCUGCUUCCCAAAUCAUUCCAGACAGCCCGUUGUUCUCCGCUUUGCAUCCCGUAAGACUGUCCUUGAUUUCAAGUUUCAUGGGCUCUUACAUCAUUGGUGUUAUUUCUAGUAAAAUUACACGACCAAGAGAACAAAUUAUUAGGAAAAGUUGCUUUCGGGCCAUUUUCUCUGUUCUUGGUCAAACUUGUAAUCAUUCCUGCGUUUACUUAAUAAAUAUUUAGUCCUCUUAAUACUU